AUGCAGUCGUUUUCUAGGCAGAUUUGUCAGAGACUAAAAGUCGGUUUGCAAGUCUUUCGUAGAUAUUCCGGCAAUAACACGUCAGCAGAUACAAUUAAUAAAGGAAACAGCAGUAAUAAACUACUCAAACAGAUAGAAGCUAGAAUUUUAGCUACAGGUCCCAUAACAGUAGCUGACUACAUGAAAGAAGUACUAACCAAUCCAUCUGCUGGUUACUACAUGAGCAAGGAUGUGUUUGGAGAAAAAGGGGAUUUCAUAACAUCACCAGAAAUUUCACAAAUGUUUGGAGAGCUGAUUGCCAUCUGGCUUAUAAAUGAAUGGACCAAAUGUGGAAAACCAACACCUUUUCAAAUAGUAGAACUGGGUCCUGGAAGAGGAACACUGAUGUCUGAUGUCCUACGGGUGUUUUCAAAAUUUAAGAUGGCAGAAUCUGAUUUCUCUGUUAGCUUAGUAGAAGUUAGUCCAUACCUGAGCCAAAUUCAAGAGAAAUGCCUCUGUAAAACUCAAAAUGAAAAAAUCAGUGAAUUGCCUAUAGAUUCUCAUCAUUACAAGGAAUCUAAAUCAUUGUACGGAUCACCUGUGCGGUGGUACAACCACAUAUCGGAUCUCCCACGCACCUUCACUCUUUUUCUAGCUCACGAGUUCUUUGACGCACUACCAAUUCACAAGUUAGUUAAGGUCAAUCAGGGCUGGAGAGAAGUUUUGAUUGACCUUAAUCGAGAAGACUCCACCUUACGAUACGUUCUUUCCCGCGAACGCACUCCCGCUUCUCUCUAUUGUCGGGAAAAUGAAGUCAGAAAAGAUCUUGAAAUUAGCCCGCAGAGUUCAGUCAUGAUUCAAGUAAUGGCUUCUAGAAUUCAUCAAGAUGGAGGUUAUUUCUUAAUUGAUUCAAACAAUACCGAUAACACUAAAAUUUAUACAAUAAUAGGUAUUGGAUUGGUGAUCGAUUAUGGCCACGAAGGGGAUAAAACUGAUACUUUUAGAGGCUUUAAGAAUCAUAAACUCCACGACCCACUAGUCGAACCUGGAACAGCAGACUUGACGGCCGAUGUUGAUUUCUCUGCAUUAAAGUGGGCAGCUACUCACCCCAGAUCUGUUGAAGACUGGAAAGCAAAUUUAACAUUUGGCACAGUAGACCAGAAAGACUUUCUAACGAGAAUGGGGAUCAAUAUGAGGCUUGAGAAACUCCUUGCGUCUUGCCGAAACGAAAAACUGGCUAAUGACUUGAAAUCAGCACAUCGGAUGUUAACGGAUCCUAUGGAGAUGGGCAGCAAAUUCAAGUUCCUUGCUCUCUACCCAGCAGUGAUGGAAAAAAUUCUUUUGAAAUAUCCUCCUCCAGGAUUUAGUUAGAAAAUGUGAAAUUAGAAUUAUGUAUGAAUGUGGCAAAACCACCGACAUUUGAAGUACACAAAGCAGAACAAUUUGUAAAAACA